AUGAAAAUGCGGAGUUUACUAUGCAUUACUAUCCAUCUGGCGGUGGCUGCGAUUGCACUGGGGCCACAUUUCAUCGGAGCACUGAACAGCGAUGGAACAGUUCUGAUUUCUCUUCUAAAAAACUUGAAUGGCCCUGCUAAUGUCUUUAGCAGUUGGAGAUCCUCCGAUGAAAAUCCAUGCAACUGGGAAGGAGUUUUCUGUCAUGCAGAUCACACUGUGCGUGUUCUCAAUCUCACGGACCGCCAAAUCUCUGGAACUCUGUCUCCUGCUAUCGGUGGUCUCCACAAUUUGAAAGAGCUCUAUCUGGAUAUCAACUCCCUGUCUGGUACCAUUCCUCCAGAGCUUGGAAAUUGCACAAAGAUGGAAUUUUUAUAUCUCUCCAGCAAUAAUCUCCACGGCAGAAUCCCUGCGCAAUUGGGUGGCCUCAAAAGCCUCAGAUCGUUGUCGCUCUAUAACAACUUUCUCAGCGGAAGCAUUCCUCAUUCUAUUUUCGAGCUUCCCCUGUUGGAGGCGAUUUAUCUGAAUACCAACAAUUUGACUGGACCGAUCCCUUCAAAUGUUGGAAAUGUCAGAGGCCUUUCCAAGCUAUGGCUCGGGCAAAAUUCUUUGACUGGAGCGAUACCUUUAUCCAUUGCCAAUUGUUCACAUCUCACAGAGCUUUAUCUGCAUGAUAAUCGGUUAGCUGGAGAUUUGCCCGAAUUCCUUGGCCGGCUUUCGAAAUUAGAGUACCUUUAUGUUACUUCCAAUAAUCUUGGAGGCCGAAUUCCCAAAUCGCUUGGUAACUGCGCAAAUCUCAUUGAGGUUGAAUUCUCCAACAAUCAUUUCAGAGGUGAAUUUCCAGAGGAGCUUGGCAAGUGCACCAAUCUCACCAUGAUUUCUGCCACCCAGAAUCAGCUUACAGGGCCCAUUCCAGCCGCUCUUGGAUCACUGCAAUACUUGAAGCAGCUUUACUUGAACCAAAACUUCCUCUCCGGUGGCAUCCCUGCAGAACUUGGCAAUUGCAGUCUUCUAGUGGACCUGAGGUUACAUAUAAACAAGUUACAGGGCUUCAUCCCUCCUGUAUUGGGUAAGUUGCAGAAUUUACAGAUUUUGUUCGUGUCCAACAAUUCACUGGAAGGCCAGAUUCCUCCACAGCUUUUUGAGGCCAAAAGCCUGCAAGAAUUGUAUUUGUACAGGAAUCGUCUCACAGGAAGCAUACCACCAGAGAUUACCGAUCUCAAGAAUCUCAGAUAUGUAUUUCUGUUUGAUAACCAGCUGUCUGGCUCAAUACCUCCCACACUGGGUGCCAGGAGCAAUCUCACAGGAAUUGAUUUUACAGGGAACCAGCUCACAGGAUCAAUCCCUCCGACACUUUGUUCUUCAGGAAAGCUGAAGCUUUUACUCGUAGUAGGCAAUCAGUUGGAAGGCCGAAUUCCUCCAGAGAUUGAGAAAUGUUCAAGCUUGAGCCGAUUGAUUUUGAGCCACAACCGCUUAUCUGGCUUCCUCUCUUCCAAUUUCCUGGUUACCAAUCAUAAUGUUGAUCACUUGGAUAUGAAGGGCAAUAAAUUGGAAGGAACAGUACCAUCGAGCCUUGAGCACUGCAAAAACCUGAGCUUUAUGGAUCUCUCCAUGAAUGAGCUCAGUGGUGCUCUUCCUCCACAAUUGGGGCAAUUGUCCAAGCUAAAGCUCUUGAAUCUUGGCAGCAAUAGAUUGAGUGGUUCAAUCCCAGAUUCAAUUGGGCAUCUGAGUGAAUUACAGAGCAUGGAUUUGUCGUCCAACAAUUUAAGUGGCAGCAUCCCCCCUGCACUAGAUGGUAUGUCGUCGCUCGUUCAUGUAAACAUCUCGAAUAAUCACCUGACCGGAUGCAUACCCAAGUCAUGGUCUAAGCUGUGGAAUUCUUCGCCGAGCUCAUUCAGUGGCAACCCCGGUCUCUGCUUAGCAGAAAAUGAUGGGAAAAUUCUCUGUAAGUGUAAGAGCAAACAACAUGGAAUGGGAGGCCAAUCUUCGCAUCACCGUAUAGGCCGAUGGGGACUUGACAGAAUUGUGCGUUUCUGA